GGUUAGAUCAGUGCAUUACGUCUUGUUGUUUUGGGUCUUCACAGAAUUCAAUGAAACCAACGGUCUGUUAUGUAAAUUAAUUUGUCUUUUUUCAUCACGGCUCAGAGCAUUUUUCAAAUGAACAGGUCUUUCAUUCUUCACUUCUUGGGAUGCGGCUAUUUCACCUGGACAAAAAAAGUCGAAAACACAUCUGAUAAGAGAUUGGUCUUGUGUUGAAGAGUGUGUUCUGUCAGGGCUGGGAACAGUAGAUCUGUAAAUCGCAGAGAUUGAUCAGACCGGGCAGGUUUUGAUGAGGUGUUAAAGUGGGGAUUAAUGACAUUUCACUUUUUCUGAAUGGAUUUACAGGUGAAUUGGACUUAAAAAGAGAUGUGAAGACUAAACAGCAUGGGUAGUAUUGCCCUAGACUGGUGGAACCGGAGAAAAUGGCUACAGAUGUGGGUGCUGCUCUUGGUCCUCCAUGUACCCUUUGCGAAAGGUCAAGUGAUGUCACAGGACCAGUUCCACUUUACAUCGCAGCUCUACAAUGCCACCAUUCCAGAGAGGGCACCGAGCCGAAGUUACAUUACGGCUUCACAGAAGAUGGGCUUGUAUAUUACAGACCCAACAGUAGACGUGAGCUACAGAAUCACUGAGGGAGACAGUUCAAAUAUUUUUAAGGUGGAACAUAAGAGAGUGGGAGAUUUUGUAUUCCUAAGGAUUCGAACUCAAACCAGCAGCUAUGGAAGCUUAAAUCGUGAAUAUAUUAGUAAAUAUUAUUUAAAAGUGAACGCCAUCGGGCAGGUAACUCAGAAGGAUGUGUUAACCGCGUACACAAAUGUGAUAAUUCAGGUGCAGGAUAAAAAUGAUCUCAGUCCGUUGUUUGAUAAGGAGAAUUAUAAUGUGACAGUUUCAGAGGAAACAGGGUUACAUUCCACCAUUUUGACUGUGUCUGCGUCUGAUGGUGACGAGGGGAUUAAUGCAGAAGUCUACUACAGUCUUGUGUCAAAAACGAACUUCUUCGCUAUUCAUCCAUCAUCGGGAGCGGUGACUGUUACAAGACCAUUAAACUUCUACGAAAAACCAGUUCACCAUCUGGUUGUGACUGCCCAAGACAGGGGACCCAAAUCAAUAUAUAGUGCUGUCAUGCAAAGAAAUGCUAACAUAACUAUACAUGUAAUUCAAGCAAAUUUUAAUGCACCAGAAAUAGUUGUUGAAAGCUUUCCUAACAUUAAGAAUACAGGAAGUUCGGGAGUUGUUUAUGCAGUGUUAACUGUAAGUGAUGCAGACUACGGUAAAAAUGGUGAAAUCAAAGAAGUUUCAAUCUUCAGUGAUCCAAGUGGUCUUUUUAAAGUGCUUCCAUCAAAAGACACUCAAGGUGAAUACCAUCUUUUAUACACAAACUCUGAGCGACAGAGCUCCAUUUUUAAUAAUUUUUACAUAACCAUACAAGCCUCAGAUUCUGGAAAUCCCCCAAAAGUGACCCGUAAAAAAAUCCAUGUCCACAUAGAGGACAUUGAUGACUUUGGUGCUCUAUUUGUUGCUGACCAUUACCAGACCUCCGUGCCGGAGGACCUCCCCGUGGGGGCCUCUGUGUACUACCUACACCCUGGUGUGACCAAUCAAAGGGGAGAAACACCACCGCUCACGUACAGCAUCAUUUCUGGAAAUGACAAGAACUUGUUUAUGAUCAGAGAAGAAACAGGCUUAAUUCGGACUGCCUCGCUAUUAGAUGCUGAGAUUGAUUCAUCCAUAGAACUAGUCAUCGGUGCCUAUAAUCCAAAAUCCAUGGGAUCUCCUCACCACGGAUCUGCAACUGUCACCAUUUCUAUCUUAGACACAAAUGAUAAUGCACCAGUUUUUAAGAUCAAUGAGACUAAUGUAAUCUUUGAUGAAAAUACCCCUGCAGGAACUAUAAUCUACAAAGUGGUCGCUACAGAUGCUGAUCAAGGCAUGAAUGCCAGAAUCAGUUAUUCCAUAACUAACCAAGAAACCUUGCCUUUUGAAAUUGAUCACUUCACUGGUGACAUCAAACUUAAACAAAGCCUUGACUAUGAGACCAUGAGGAGGGACUUUAAGACUGUUGUCAGGGCAACAGACUGGGGCAGUCCCUUCAGCAGGGAGUCAGAAAUCCACCUUUAUUUUCACCUACAGAACAUAAAUGACAACAGUCCAUUAUUUGAGAAGGUGAAUUGUUCUGGGUACCUGUCCAGAGAAGCCCCUCUGGGUACUGAUAUUGUCACCACCCCAGCUGUUGAUUUUGAUUACAGUGAUCUCACAUAUUAUAUUAAGUCCGGGAAUGAAGAUGGCUGCUUUGAAGUCGACGCAAGCUCAGGAAGGUUAAUGCUGAACUGUAGCUUGGAGGCCCACACCCUGGACGAACGUCAGAUAACCAUUGUCGUCAGCGACGGAAAAUUUGACUCUGAUCCAGUUUUUGUUAGCCUGACAUUGGUGAACAAUAAGAAAAAUAUGCAGUUAUCAAAUAAAGAUGCCAAUGUUCAAUGCAAGACAACAGAUGCUCAAGAAAGACUGCUAAAGAUAUUACAGAUGUCCAGUCACAAUAAUAAUGAUGGUCCAACCUCUGGCCCUAUUUUAGCAGCUACAGUAACUUCCAAUGAACAUGCACCCCAAUUCAAUUCCACUCUCUCUAAAAUGCUUGAAAUCUCUGAAAAUGCAGCUGUAGGUACUAGCAUAUUAAAAGUAGGAGCUACAGAUGCUGACACUGGCUACAAUGGCUUGGUUCAGUUUUCAAUCAUUGGUGGCAACCCACUUGAUCAGUUUGAGAUGAAUCCAAUGUCAGGUGACCUCAUAGUUAUUUCUAAUCUUGACAGAGAGCACAUCCCAAAGUAUGACCUUGCAAUUCAAAUAUCGGACAUGGCAGAGCCAUCUUUGAGAAAGUCAGCUGUUGCAAACAUCACAGUCAGUUUGAAAGAUGAAAAUGACAAUGCGCCAAAGUUUGAGAAAGACCACUAUGAGGCAUCAGUGUUUGAGAGUAUUCUUGCAAAUGCAACAGUUGUCCAAGUCAUUGCCACAGAUCUAGAUAUAGGGAAAAACGGAGAAGUAGUCUAUUCUUUGGCAAAGGAUGAAGAUAAAUUUUGUGUUGAUUCAAAGAGUGGAAUUAUUUCUGUCAAGAAAUCUUUGGAUAGAGAAGUGCAAAGUGUGUACUAUUUACCGGUUAGAGCUAGUGAUCUUGGAGACAAACCGCUGUCCUCUACCGCUACAGUCAAAGUGAUUCUAAUUGAUGUCAAUGAUAAUGUGCCUAAGUUUGUUCCUGAGAACUAUGACAUCAAAAUUCAAGAGGACAUACCAGUUGGCACUGUGAUAACCACCAUCAAGGCAGAGGACAGGGAUGAAGGAGAAAAUGGACGACUGACGUACAAACUCAUCUAUGGUGUGGAGGAUAUGUUUGAGAUAGACGGGGACACGGGCGUCAUUCGCCUCAUCAAGCCUCUCGACUUCGAAACCAAGCAAGUGUACAACAUCAGUGCCCAUGCUGAGGAUGGAGGAAACCCUUCGAUGGUGUCAGCUUGUUUCAUCAACAUUGAGGUUGUGGAUGUCAAUGAAAAUUAUGAACCUCCAGUGUUUGAUGACAUUGUUGGGUACGGGAGAGUGAAGGAGAAUAUUCCCGUUGGUUCUCAAGUGAUGAUCAUCACAGCUCGCGAUCCGGAUGCAGAUCCUGCUGAAGUCUCCAUGGCAACUCCUGUGACCUACUCCAUUAGGGAAGGGAGUGGGUUAGGAUAUUUCAGCAUUGACAAUGAAGGCAUCAUACGGACAACUCGAGUGUUGGACUGCGAGAGUGCCUCCCAUUACUGGCUCACGAUCUAUGCCACGGACCGUGGACUGGUCCCCCUACAUGCUCGCCAUGAAGUCUACAUCAAAGUCACAGACGUCAAUGACAAUAUUCCUCAGAUGCGGCAGCCAGUCUACAUUAUGAACGUCACGGAGAACUCAGGGGAGGGAACUGUGGUGGGACAGGUUCAGGCCUACGAUGAUGACGUCACCACCCAGCAGGAACUGACUUACAGUAUAGCAGAGAUGGAUUCCUGGUCAUUCUUCACGAUAAACAAAUUCACAGGAGUGAUCACCACCACAAGAAAAAAGCUAGACAGAGAGAGGGAAGACAGACAUACAGUCCAGGUUGUGGUGACAGAUUCUGGGUAUCCUUCAUUAUCGUCCACUGCGCAUGUAGUUGUGGAAAACUUGGACGUAAAUGACAAGAAGCCAGAGUUUCUGGAAAAGUCCUACAGAAGCAGAGUAAUGGCCGUCACAGAGGACAAAGGGAAGACGCCAUUACUGAGGGUUACAGCAAGGGACGAAGACAUUGGUCAGAAUGCUCAGAUCACCUACAAACUAAAGGGCAAGAAACAGACAUUUGGUAUAGAUGCAGAUACUGGAAUGAUUUACGCCAAGGGACUGUUAAGUGUUGGGUCUUAUGCCUUAAAGGUUCAGGCUUCUGACAAUGGUAAGGAGAGGAAGAAAUCCACAGCCAGAGUGAGGCUGGAGGUACUUCCUGUCCCGACCUCAUCGGAGAACCCCCCACAGUUCCCAGUCGCCUUCUACCAGGUCCAGCUAAUGGAGAACUGUAAGAUUGGCGAGGUGCUGGAUGUGUACCAAGCAGAGGACGCUGAUGGAGACAAGCUCUGGUACUCACUGGCAGAUGGAGACCCAGAAAACCAGUUUAAUAUUAAUCCAGAGUAUGGAAGCAUACUGACAUCAAAGAGGCUAGACCGUGAAAAAAGGGACCAUUACAAUUUAACCGUCAUGGCAACCGAUGGCAUUCAUCAAACUUCUGUCAAGGUUUAUGUGACUGUCUUGGACAUCAAUGAUAACACACCAGAGUUUACACAAUCCGAGUACAAGGCAGACAUUUCAGAGUCGGCUGCCAUUGGAAGUAGCGUCCUCACGAUCUCCGCCGUGGACAUUGAUCUCAACAGCCGAGUCUUCUACAAAAUCUCAGGGGCCGCUAACGCCAUCACCAUGGACCUCUUUGAAAUCGACAGUGAAACUGGUGUGAUCAGUGUGAAGGGGGCGCUGGACAGAGAAGUGAUGACUCAGCACAAAAUGACCAUCAUGGUCAGGGACCAGGGCUUCCCCUCCAACAGGAACUUCACCCGGGUUAUGGUGAAUGUCCAGGACGAGAACGACCACCCCCCACAGUUCGUGUCGGAUGUGACGGAGGCCAGCGUGUUUGAAACGUCCGCCAUCGGGACAUCUGUAGUGCAGCUGAUGGCCAUCGACCAAGACAAAGGCAGCAACGCAGAAAUCUCCUACUCCGUCGUUUCGGGUAACAUAGACAUGGCUUUCGCUUUGGACAGUACCCUGGGUAUAAUAUCAGUGGCAAAGAAUCUGAACAAAAGAGAGAGAAGUGACUACAGUAUUGUAGUUAAGGCUGCUGACAAAGGCACCCCAGCCCUCAGUAGCACCGCCACCAUCAACAUCCACAUCACCAUGUCCAACGAUGCCCCGCCCAAGUUCAGCCAGCAGAAGUAUGUGACAGACGUAAUGGAGAGCCUUUCCCUGGGAAGCCCUGUUGUAACGGUCAAGGCAGACAGCCAGUCCUCUGUUAACUAUGAAAUCAUCAAGGGAAAUGACAAUGCCACAUUUUCUGUGAAUCCCAACUCUGGAGUGGUGUACCUUAAGGGUAGGAUGGACUACGAGACACUGGACCUGUACAAGCUGACUGUCCUUGCCACUAACAAUGUGGGUAAAUUUGACAUGACUUCUGUCUGGAUUCAUGUGCUGGACGCCAAUGACAAUGAACCUUACUUCACAAAGACAUUUUACACUGGAAGCUUGAGUGAGAAUUCUCUUCCAGAGAGUCUUGUUCUGGGUAUAGAUGGAAAACCUCUAGUUAUAACUGCCAGGGAUGAUGACACCAAUGAAAAUGCUCAAUUAGUCUUUGAAAUUGUUGAUGAAGAAGCCAAAGAAUUCUUCACAAUCUCCAAAGGAACUGGUGCUCUCAAAUCCAAAGUUUCCAUAGAUAGAGAGAAAUUCAGUAGAUUUGAGUUUUUGGUUCAUGUUACAGAUUCCGGAAAUCCUCAACUGCAUGCUCUGGAACCAGCUCGAGUGGUAAUAAACAUAACUGAUGUCAAUGACAACAGCCCAACGUUCUCGCUCCCAGAAUUCCAAGCUGACAUCCUUCUGCCAACAGCGUUUGAUGUGGAGGUCAUUACCAUGACAGCCACAGAUACAGAUCUCGGUGGCAAUGCAAAGAUUGUCUACACCAUUAAAGAUGGCAAUAAAGAUGGAAAAUUCAAGAUUGACAGGAAUACUGGAACCAUAUAUGUUGUUGAUGACUCUAACAUGCUCAGUAAAUACCAAUUAACCAUUGAAGCCUCUGAUGGAAAGUUUGAAUCCACCACAUCUUUAGUCCUGACAGUUACCCAAGCGUCUGAUGAUUUCAAUUUCUUAUUGCAUCAUGAUGAAUACAAUUUGUUCAUACAUGAAAAUGUGGCUGUUCCCCAGUCUCUUACUGUAUUACAAGUAAAUAGGGCUUUAAAUCAGCCCAUUGUUUUUUCCUUGCUGAACGGCAAGGGUAUGUUUGACGUAGUGAAAACGUCGGGUGUCUUGCAGACAACAGGAAAACCAUUUGAUAGAGAGGAGAGGGACCACUACAAGGUCAUUGCUUUGGUGGAGGACCUGAGUGGAAAACAGAAGCCUCUUCACAUCCUGAUCCACAUCAGUAUUCUGGAUGACAAUGACAAUGCUCCUCUUUUUGUUAAUCAGCCCUAUGAUACUGUAGUCUCUACAGACACCAAACAGGGGUCUAUUGUAACUCAGGUGACUGCCAUAGACAGGGAUGCAGAUUUGAAUGGAAAUGUAACAUACACUCUGGAGAAACAAGAUGGGGACAAGUUUGAAGUGGAUGCAGGAACUGGUCAUGUCAGGCUAAUAACUGCCCUUUCUGUUCAGGAUGUGGACCAGUUGUAUUCACUGCAAAUCCAAGCUACUGAUAAAGGUCACCCCUCGCAGUCAUCGGAGGUAACGCUCCAGAUCCGCGUUGUCAGCAACAGUCAUCCAAUUUUCGACAAAUACUACUACUCUGUGGACGUUAAGGAGAGUUCCCCGGCAGGGACGGCCAUUAUGAGCCUCAAAGCCAUCAGUCCUAACAACCAGAAACUCAUCUACUCCAUCACAGAUGGAGAUCCUUAUAAAGAAUUCACUGUUGACUUCAAUAUUGGCAUUGAGCAUCAGGGUCCAUGUAUAAUUUCUUUGACCACUCCUCUGGACUAUGAGUCAACCAAAGUCUACAGUCUGACUGUCAGAGCCACAGAUGUGUUGUCAGGGUCGUACGGGGAAACCAAACUCCAAGUCAAUGUGCUGGAUGUCAAUGAUAAAAGUCCGUCCUUUACACACUACAAGUACACCAAGAUUAUCUCGGAGGCAGCACCUGUUGGGACCUCGGUACUCAAGGUCACAGCGACUGAUGCAGACUCAGGAAUUAACGCGGAGAUUCAGUACGACCUGUCUCCACUGGACAACUCCAGAUCCAUUAACAUCUUCCAGAUCAACCCCAUCACUGGAGUUCUCCGAACAGCAAGGUUACUGGACUUUGAGGACACUCAGGAGUACCUGUUCCACGUGGUGGCCACUGAUGGGGGUCUGCCUUCCCUCAACAUGAGCGUGCCCGUCCACAUCAUUGUCAGUGAUCUCAACGACAACCCCCCUUACUUUGACCAACCUACUUACUCAGGAGUCGUAACAAACCCAACACCUGGCUUGAUGGUGAUCAAAGUGACAGCAUCCGACCUAGACAAAUGCAGUCAAGAAAACCUGGAGUAUUCCAUUGUUGGUGGGAACGGUGACCAAGUAUUCCGGAUCGAUGCCAAAUCCGGACUGAUCUCCAUCUCCCCCAGGAGACAUUCCAUCCUGUACCCAGCAUACAUGCUGAAUGUGUCAGUCUCUGAUGGAGUGUUCACAAGCUUCACGACCGUGUCAAUUUCUUUCGAGGAGAGCAACCUCCACAGCCCAGUCUUCAGCAAGGUUCUCUAUCAGGCCAAUUUGAUGGAGAACGUGGGGCGAGGGAUACCCAUCACCACAGUCAAGGCACAAGACGGGGACCGGGGAUACUUUGGAAUGAUUUCCUACUCUGUACUAUCGCACGAGAUGAGACAGUUCUUCAAUAUUGAUGCAGACACUGGUGAGAUAUUUGCUGAGCGGUUGUUUGAUAGAGAGGAGCAGUCCUCUUACUCUGUCACAGUGGCCGCCACUGAUAAUGGUGGACGCAUGGGAUUCACCACUGUGGUCGUCAACAUUACAGGUGUGAACGAUGUGGCUCCAGAGUUCCUCCACACAGAAUACAAAGUCUCUGUCCCAAUGAAUGCUGGGAAGGGUCGGCCCCUUAUCCAGGUCCAGGCCAGAGACUCUGACCUUGGGGAGGCUGGUAGAGUGACCUACAAUAUAUAUGAUGCCUCCCUGAUCAUAUCAGCUACUCUCUUCACCAUUGACCCAACCUCUGGAAUCGUCAGCGUGAAAGCUGAUCUGAGUGAAAAAGUUGGUAGUGUAUACCAGUUCUUUGUGGAGGCUGUGGAUCAUGGAAGUCCCCAGCUGAAGAGCAAUGCCCCAAUAGAGAUCUACAUCUCCAAUGACAACCAGCUGCCUCCUCUGACCAAACCAGAACACACCUUCAUGAUAACUGAGGACAAGAGAGUGGGAGACAUUGUUGGCAGAGUGGUCAAGGUGACUGAGAGCCUGGUAGAUUUCAGCAUUGUGUCGGGGUUUACCAAGGAUAGGAAUAGCCCAGAAACAGUCUCCAUUAACCAGGAGGGAGAAAUCUUCCUGUUAGAUUUAUGGAGGAUUCAGAAGUUGCCCCAGUACAAGUUUACUGUUGUUAUUUCUCUGAGAGAAAAUCCACAGGUAGUGGCUCACUCCCAGAUAAAUAUUCUGGUACAAAAUAUCAAAUCUGCUUUGCCACAUUUUGAGACCAGUUUAUAUGCUAUAUCUGUGGCUGAGAACCAAGAAAAGGGAACCAGUGUAGUUCAGUGCAGACUGCUGAGUGAGGGAAAGUUCAUCACCAAUGCCCAGUACAAAUUUGACCAUCAGACAAUUGUGAAGUACGAGCAUCUAUUUGAAAUCAACAAGUACACUGGUUGGAUUACCUUGGUGUCUGAACUAGACAGGGAAAAGCAGGAUGUGUAUAACCUGACAGUGCAGGCUGAGCAGAAGUUUGGUAUGUCCACUCAGGUAGUCAGUAACAGUACUGUGACAGUUACGGUGACGGACUGUAACGACAACCCCCCAGUCUUCAGUCAGUCCCAGUAUCAGACAGCGGUCAACGAGGACGCUUUGUCAGGAACCGUGUUCCUGGCUCUCAAGACAACUGACGCCGAUGCCAAAAGUAAUGUGGAUUACUUCAUCGCUGAUGGGGACCCCAUGGGAAGGUUUAAGAUCCAUAAGAAUGGGGACAUCUACGUGACCAAGCCGUUAGACAGGGAGAUGGUCCCUAACUAUGUCCUGACCGUGGCUGCUUCAGACGGAUCCCUCGUCUCCACUGCCAAGGUUAACGUGGAGAUCCUGGAUGCCAACGACAACGCUCCAGUCUGUGAUCAGCCGAUCCAUCAGCACGUCUUGUCUGAGGACAUCGGGACAACCACCAUUAUUACGCGGGUCAAGGCCACUGAUGUGGACAGCAUGUACACGUCUAACGAGAAAAUCCACUACAUCAUCAAAGGGGAGGAGAACAAUAAACUCUUCACCAUCAACAGAGAGAAAGGAAUCUUGACCCCUAAGGUAGAGCUGGACAGGGAGACCCAGUCCCAUCACCAUGUGGUGGUCAGUGCUGUGGACGGGGGCGGCCUGUCCUGUGAUGUAGACAUCUACAUCGAGCUGUCAGAUGUCAAUGACAACGCUCCUGAGUUUGUGGACCUCCCCGAGAAGUUUGGUCUGCUGGAGUCGGCCACAGUCAACACCCUGAUGCUCAGGAUCACUGCAGAAGACCGCGACCUGGGUAUUAACAGACAGGUGAGAUACGGAAUGACAGGUGAUGAGACCUUCUCCAUCGAUCAAGACUCAGGCAUUAUCAAACUGAUGAAACCUGUUGACAGAGAAGAAAUUCCCCAGUACAUACUCAAUGUCUAUGCCUAUGAUCAGGGAAUCCCGAGUUUAACCUCCACUGCCACCCUAACCAUUGAGAUCCUGGAUGAGAAUGACAACCCACCAGAAUUUGUGCUGUCCCAGUAUGCAGCAGCUGUGCCUGAGAAUGCCACAGUGGGUACAGAGGUUGUCAAGGUGCUGGCCACCAGCCGAGACAUCGGGCUCAACGCUAAAAUGGCCUACAGCAUCACAGCCGGAAACAAGAACAUGAAGUUUGUUAUUGAUGAAAGUGAAGGUGUUAUUCGAGUUGCAAAUGACCUUGACAGAGAAGUAACCUCUGUGUACUUUCUGACUGUCAUGGCGACAGAUUUGAGCGACUCACCCCUCAGUAGUUCUACUUAUGUCAGAAUCAACAUCACUGAUGUCAAUGACAACAAGCCAUUCUUCUCUCAGGCCUCCUACAGAACCAGUCUCCUAGAGGAUACACCAGUUGGACAACUCGUGUAUCAGGUGAAUGCCAAUGAUACUGAUGAGGGACAGAAUGCCUUGCUGACUUUCUCCAUCAUUGAGGGGGACAGUCUUCACAGCUUUGAGAUACACCCUGUUACAGGGGAGAUUUCCAUUCGAACACCCCUGGACAGAGAAAUGAUUGACAAAUACAAGUUGGUGGUGGAGAUCCGGGAUUCUGGAUUGCCUCCCUUGAGUAGUACAGCUGUUGUCACUGUGGACAUUGAAGAUGUCAAUGAUUGUCCUCCCCUGUUCUCCGAGUCCAGCUACAACGCCACAGUCCAGAGACCACCAACAGGAAUUGAGGACCAGUAUGUUGGAUACAAAAUCUUACACUACAUAGUAACUGACAAUGACCUUGACCCUAAUGGUCCACCUUUCACCUUUGACAUUGUCAGUGGAAACGAAGGUCAAGAGUUCCGUAUUGAGCCCACAGGAAUCCUGAGUACCGCUGGCAAAUUCAAUAGGGACAUCCUUGAUCUGUAUACCUUAACAGUGCGAGUGUUUGACAAUGGCACCCCAAAUCUCUACUCCGAUAUAGUCACUACUAUACACGUCAUAGAGGAAGGAAUGAACCCACCAGAGGUGAAGGAUCUAGAUAUUAGCAUCAGCUCGUACGAUGACAACUUUCCUGGUGGAGUUAUUGGUCAAGUAGAUGCCACAGAUAAAGAUCUGUUUGAUUCACUCAGUUAUCAAGUGGUGUCCCCUAACCGCCACUUGUUUGAUGUGGGUAUAAACGACGGAAGGAUCAUUGCCUAUCCUGGCCUGGACUCGGGGAGCUACAUUGUCAAUGUCAGUGUCUCAGACAAAAAGAACACUGCUUAUGGAAUUGUCAAGGUGGAUGUCCUGCUGAUCUCCACAGCAAUGCUGGACUCCUCAGUGACAAUGCAGAUACAGAAUCUGUCUCCCAAGGAUUUCCUGGUCAACUAUCAGAGAGAGUUCCAGAAAGCUGUCAAGAAAGCUCUCAACGUGCGAGCCAAUGAUGUCCAGAUCAUUAAUGUGCAAGCAUCAAGUAACCUCGGUGGCGCGCCCCGACUGAAGCGGAGCACAGAUAAGAACGAUCUGGAUGUGCUGUUUGCUGUCAAGCGGUCGGCCAGUGGAGCAUAUUUCAGAAGGCGUAAGCUUGAGCGCAAACUGAGACAGAACUUAAAUGACAUAGAGUCUGAACUUAAUGUACGCAUUAUCAAGGUGUUUGGAGAUGUCUGCCCACAGGAGUCUUGUAGGGAUGGGCAGUGCAUAGGGGUCAUCAACUUCAACAAAAGCCUGGCUACUUUAACGGUGGAUGGAAAAAGCUUUGUCACUGCUAAGCAUUCCUACUCCUUCAAAUGCCUCUGUUCAAAUGGAAUUGAAGAUGUGUUUUGUCCAGAAGUCCAUGACAGCUGCUUGACCAAGAUUUGUCCUCCCCACCAGGUGUGUCGACACGAGCCCUACCAGACCCCCAGCUGUGUCUGCCCCGAGGGCCGGGCCGGUCAGUUCUGUGAGAGUGAGGACAGGUGUACUGAUGCCUCAUGUCUCAAUGGUAUCAAACCAAUGACCUUCUCUGGGAACAGUUUUGCCAAGUGGACUCUGAUGGACGAGUUUACAAUAGAGAAGAGACUGAGCCUCUCUAUGAGAAUCAAAACACACCGCUCCACAGCUUCCCUGAUGUUUGCCACAGGAGAUGUGGAUUACAGCAUCUUAGAGAUUUACAAUGGAAUGAUACAGUACAAAUUCAACUAUGGAAGUGGAGCUGGCUUGGUCAUGAUUCCCAUUCAUGUGGAUGAUGGAAAGUGGCACACGAUCAAUGUGGAGAGGAAUGAUAAGCAUGCGGAGCUGACCUUGGACAACAAGUACACCAACAUGGCCAUUGCUCCGGGCAAGAGUAGGGUCUUAAACCUGCUGAACAAUGAUGUCUACUUCGGAGCAGACGUUGUCAUUGGUUACAAUGGCCACCCAGAUGUCAGGAGAGGGUUUGAUGGCUGCAUGGAGGAGAUCAAACUGUUUAGCAUUGUAUUGCCGCUCAAAGGACGGAACGCUGUGGUCAAAUCCCAGGAAUUUCAGGAGGUGGAGUUCCAUUGUAAAAACACACUGUCUCCACCAAUGGGAUCAAACAUCUGCAGUAUUGUGACCUGCUCUAAUGGAGGAGUCUGUAAACCCUACUCACAGUAUAUGGGUUAUGAGCAGUACACCUGUGAAUGUCCCGAGAGAUUCGAGGGAAAUCAGUGUGAAAUCGACCUAGAUCCAUGUGCCAAUAACCCUUGUGGUGGAAAUGGAGAGUGUCUUAAUAUUGAGAACGUGCCCAAUGAGUUCCGCUGUAGGUGCAAGGACAACUACCAGGGACAGUUCUGUCGCUACGGCAAGUUCUGUCACUCCUCUCCCUGUAAGAAUGGGGGGAGCUGCAUUGAGGGGCCAUCCAGCUUUAUAUGUCACUGCCCACCAGGAUUUACAGGUCUUGAAUGUGAGAAGGUCUGGUCAGAAAUUCCCGGAACCAAGUUUGUAGAGUCAAACAUUGAGUCUAACGAGUCUGGAAUAACAAAUACAACUCUCUACAUUAUUGUUGGAGUGACAAGUGGCCUGAUUUUUCUGGCGAUUGUGUUUGUGAGUAUACAGUGCUACAGGAGGCGUUCCAGCAGAACAGGGCGUAAUGUCACCCUGGGAAUCGCUUUCGACGACGAAAGAGACGUGAUGUUGAAGAGUCGUAAGGACAAUUGUAAAGUCAGCGACUUCGAUGUCAGCAAGUUCAACAAUGUUCCCCCCAGUCCCCAGCCUCCUCCUGUACCUAAUCGACCCGCCUCCUACACGCCCAGUAAUCAUGACUCGCUGAAUACCCUCAACAAUCUGGACAACUUCCAUAACUACGGAUCGGCCGCUGACGACCUGGAGAACUGUCACAACAUUCCGUACCUCACCCAGGAGUUCCUGUCCUUCCACGGUCCCCCACCCCGCAGUAACGCCAGUGUGGCCCCCUCUUUACCCCCACCCCCUCCCUCCAACCCCCCAUCAGACACUGACUCUAUUCAAAAGGCAACAUGGGAAGGAGAUUGCCCAAACAUGCUGGAGAAUUUAGAAGAAAAAAAACACCCAGAGAAAUUCCCACGUUUGAACAGGCCCAUGAUGCUGUGUGCAGAUACUACCUCAUUUAGCAGUCUACCUGUCUCAGAAUCAGAGGAUGAGCCAGCUGCUAGGUGCAGAAAGAAAGGAAAAGAUUACCACUGGGAUGCCUCCGAUUGGGCCCCAAGGCCGUCCCUCCCAAACAUCAGCGAGGUUCCCAUCCGUGAAAUCCAGGACUCCCCAAGCUCCAGUCCCCAUAGCAACGAGUCCAACACCCACAUAGGAUUUUCUGGCUGUCAGAUUAACGACUCGGCUCUGUACACUGACCCUGAACUGUUGGAGUCUGAGUAUGUAGGGGACUCAGAGUUUGCAGACAAUGAGUAUGACAAUGAGGAAUGUUACAUGAGUCCUCCAAACUAUCGACAGGUGCUUGGACUUCCUCAGACCCCCGAGGAAGAGGAGGAGAGCUAUGAACUCCCUCAACAUCAGAUCAACACACACCCCAACCAGUACCUGCCAAAUCAUAGCUUUACCCAGUCACAUGACCAAAUGUCAGGUGAUAGAGACUCGCGCUGUGAAUGGCCAGAACCACCAUCAUGUGACGAAAAUGAGUUUUAUACCUCUGACAAUGAUGAGGAAGUUGUGUCAUACGGCUUUCCAAACACUAAAAAGUUAGUCCCCGGAUUUGUAUCUGAUGGGGGCAUAACAGACAGUGAAUAUAACGUCAGGAACUCUGUCAUAGACAGAAUGAGCAUGUCCCUAGGAGGAUAUGCAUCUACAAAUGCUUCCAUGUCUGAAAUAUCAGGCUUGUGUGAAAUCGAAGAUAGUGAAGUGAACCUCAGUGAAGAAGAGAGCUGCAAUGACAAUAUAGAUGAGAACACGCCUCUCAACAAUAUUCUAGAGAGAAAUACAAAUGUUUAAUCCGUGUCGUGUUAGUGACGUAUAUGUGCCAUACAAGUCAUUUUGUUUCUUGUGAUCUUAUCUUCCCUGCCAAGCUUCUGAUGUUGUGAAUGAUUUUCUGCAAUUAUUAUCCAUGACCAUAACAAAAAAUAAGAUUUAACUGCUUUAAAAAAAAAGUACAUGUAGCAUGGUGCUAGUCUGCAUAAGUUUCUUUUAUAGGGAAGAUUUCUGCAUUCGAUUUGACCAGUUUCACUGGUGGAACCACUAGAAUGCAUUUUAAAAUGGCAUAAAAGAAAGAUUGUCAAAAUUUCUUUGAAAUAUUUUUAUGUGCAUCCUUUUUGUUUGCUGAUAAAUAUAUAUGUGAUACAAAUAGAUCUGCCAAACAUCUGUACAAAUUUCUGUCAUUUUAUUUCAUUCUGUUCAACCCCCACCACCAUUGCCCAUUUCACUUCAAGUAUUCACCGUUUUUUUAGCAGUUAAUAUUUUAAUUUGAACAGGUAGUUGAUUUGUGUUAUAUGAAGUACUUCGCAUGCAUUUAAUUUGAAUUUGUGAAGAAACAAAUUAGAUUUUGUUAUUAUUUAUUCUAUGUUAAUUAUACAACUGGUUGUGAUUUUAGCGUAAUUUUCGUCCUUUUAAUGUGUUGUGUGACGUUAUUUGUUAAUAGGAGAUAUAACUAAUUGUUGAUAAUGAAUGUAUGCUCUGUUGCUUCAUUAAGUGAGAGUUUGACAUCACAAUGGUUAGACAGUGACUUCAGGCUAUGAAUGAUUGAGUUGAAUCCAAGUAGUAUUUCAUCAUCUGACACAUUAUCCAUAUAACUACAAGAAUUCUUUUGAUUUAACUCUCAAAAUACAUGUAAAUUAAAGUAUUGCCUUGUAUUUAUAUGAAUGUUCAAAAAUUUGUACGUUACAUUUUCUACAUGUAUAAUUUAAAUAUUGAAAAAGUAAUUCCCUUUCCUUCAAGGAAUGCUCCCCUGAGCAUAAAAUUCUUUUCCAUGACAUGUUAUAAAUAAAUGUAAUUUUAAUUCAAGUUGUGAAUUCUAGGGAGUUAAUUUAUUUGGUGCUACACAGCAGUGCUAGCUGUGACAGCUGACUUCAUUAUAAUUACACAUAAGAUUAUUACAUAGUUUAUCAUUCUAUAGACAUGAAGCACAAAAAAAAAUCACUCAUCUUUUUUACUUCUUUUUUAAAAAUAGAAGAAUGUUCGAUGUGUUCUUAUUCAUUUAAUGUAAUUCAUCCAAGGUUGAUUUUUAGUUGAAUGUUUAUAGCCAGUAAUGAAUUUCAUUGGUCUCACUCGUGUUAUGAGAGUUGGAACAAGUAAUAUAGUGUACUUGUACAAAGUAGAAAUGGCUGCUGUAAUAGUGCAUUGUGAGUCAGUUGUCUUUACAAAUACAAAUAAAACCAUAAAAUAUCA